AUGGCUCUCUUCUCCAUCCUGCUUGCCUUGACCCUCGUAUCUCAGACUGGGGCCUUUGACCUGGGCCAGUCCACCCGCUGCGUGCCCAUACCUCAUCAGCUGAGUGUGUGCCAUGACGUGGGCUACUCAGAGAUGCGGCUGCCCAACCUGUUGGGCCAUAGCAGUCUGGAAGGCGAGGUGGUCCCCCGCUCAGAGGACUGGCGCUCUCUGCUACAGACUGGCUGCCACCCUCAGGCCCAGACCUUCCUCUGCUCUCUCAUUGCUCCUGUCUGCCUGGACACGUUUAUCCAGCCGUGUCGUAGCCUCUGUGUGGCCGUGAGGGACAGCUGUGCUCCUGUUCUGGCCUGUCAUGGCCACUCAUGGCCUGAAGCUCUGGAUUGCAAUCGCUUCCCUGCUCAGGAGGACAUGUGUCUGACCCCACUGCCCAAACACAUCGGCAGCUUCCCUAAAGAUUUUCCACAGCCAGCCUGUCAGUCCUGCCCUGCAGUAGAGGAGAUGCCCUCUCUCAAAACAGUGAUGGACGCUCUCUGUCUCAAUGACUUUGCAGUGAAAGCUAAGUUGUUCCGACGCCGCCUGCCCUCUGCUGACCCUGAGCUGGAGGUGGAAGGAAAGGUGGAGUUCAUUGAGCGCGGGCCUCUGCUGCCCUACAGUGCCGCUCAGCUACUGCAGCAGUGGCUGCUGCUCAACCUCCGCUGUGCGCACGCAAUGGUGCGGCCCGGGCGCGCUCAGCUCUACCUGCUCACAGGCCGAGCGCGUGCCGACGGAACUGUGUCCAUCACACAUCUGUUCCCCUGGCUCAAGAAGGACGUGCACAUCGCCACAGCAGCGCGCAAGUGGAAGCAGCACAAGUGCUGA